AACCCAACAAGUGAUCCAAAGCAUCCAAGUAAUGCACGCGGAAAAAUGUUCGUAAUAACGAAGUUACUCAUAUUAUCACUGCUCUUGAUUGGGGCCCACUCGAGCUAUGCGCUGGCACCGUCGACGUUUGGCGAUGCCCUGGCCAGUGCCGGUCAGUUCUCCAACAAACUGAAGGAAACAGUCGCAUGGAAAACGUUCGCCGGUAUCGCACGCGAUUCCGAUUCGCUCAACUCGCUGGUGCGGAUCAUCCCACGGACCACGAUGGGCUUCGUGCAGGAAGUCGUCAAUUCGUUCCGGCAAAGGGGACCACGUGUUAUCGUGCUGACCCGAAUGGGAGCUCUCGAGGGUCGCAUCCAGAAGGUGAAGGGCGGUGCCCAGGGGGAGUUUCUCGCCUUCAAAGGAAUCCGCUACGGACAGCCUCCGGUGGGGAAGCUUCGCUUCAAGGCUCCACUUCCCGCUCAACCGUGGAAAGGAAUCAAGAGUGCUCUGCGAGAGGCAUCCGUCUGUCCCCACAGGAGCAUGAUCUUGGACAACUACAAGGGCAGCGAGGAUUGUCUGUUUAUAAAUGUUUACUCGCCGGAUUUACCCGGCGGGGACUACAAUCCAAAUUUUCCGGUGAUGGUCUGGCUACAUGGCGGAGCGUUUUCGUUCGGUUCCGGAAACUCAUUUCUGUACGGCCCGGAUUACCUCGUGCCGGAAGGAAUCGUGUUGGUCACUUUCAACUAUCGGUUAGGUCCCCUUGGGUUCCUGAGUGUCGGAAAAGAUGCUUCGGGUAAUGCCGGCAUCAAAGACCAGGUGUUGGCUUUGAAAUGGGUCCGGGAUAAUAUUGCCGCUUUCGGUGGAAACCCCAAGGACGUCACAAUUUUCGGACAAUCGGCUGGAUCGGUUUCCGUGCACUUGCUAAUGAUGUCCCCGCUGGCGAAGGGAUUGUUCCACAAAGCGAUCGCUCAAAGUGGAUCGGCGAUGAAUCCAUGGGCCAUCGCCAGGAGCCCGAAGGAACGCGGUUUUCUUCUGGGACAGCAGCUGGGCUGCUUUACAAACAGCACGGACGAGCUGCUGAGCUGCUUGCGAAAAGCUUCUCCGCAGAAGAUUGUCAACGCAGCGUCACAGACGAUCACUCAAGAUGAUGUUAAGCGAAGUAUAGGGUUACCAUUUGUACCGUCGAUUGAAAAUUGGACCGGCGAGGAUGCUUCCGAAGAAGAACCACUGAUAACCAAGGACCCGAUGGCAAUUAUGAAGAGCGGGAGCUACAACCAUGUGCCACUGAUCACUGGUUUCAACUCAGACGAAGCAAUGUUGUUCUUGAGACGAGUUCGAAAGGAUCCAAACUUGCUGCAGAGCAUCGAUGGAGACUUCCAGAGGAUGAUACCAAUCGGUCUGCAUGUUGAACGUGAUACAGCCGAGGGCGAACUGGUGGCACAGCGUAUACGGGAUUACUACAUAGGUGAUCAACACAUAACCAACUCCUCAGUUCAGAACAUGAUGAACAUGAUGUCCGACAUCAUGUUCAUGCAUGGCAUCACCGAUCUGGCCCGGUUGAACGCUGCCGCCACCGGUCAGGAGUCGACCUGGCUCUAUCGGUUCGCGUAUGAUGGAUCGCUAGGUAUCUACAAGCGGAUAUUGGGGAUCGAUUGGCCCGGUGCUUGCCAUGGUGACGAACUGGGAUAUCUGUUUCACUUUGGAGUGCUGAACAUUCGGCUUGACAAUUCGUCGACCGAACUGCUAACCAUGAACAAGAUGACCCGGUUAUGGACCAACUUUGCCAAGUAUGGCAAUCCUACUCCGUAUGGUGAAGACGACCCGCAGAUCGGACUUCGUUGGCCUUGUGUCAUUCCGCACACGAUCAACGACCUGCCCUACCUGGAGAUCACGUCCAAUCUGGCGGCUCGCAACAAUCCGCAAGCGGACCGGCUUCGCUUCUGGGACGAGACGUAUGCAAAGUACAAUGGUGACAUAUUUUAGGGCAGCCCACCGCAAGGGAUAUGUGGUAAGAGAGUAGGUAAGUACCUAACAAAUAGUAGAACAAGCAAACGAGCAGCUCAAGUUAGUUAGAGUAAGCAGUUCAAAACACUAGCUCAAAGCCAUAAAAGAAGGUGAGUAGCUACGUGUGUAUUAUUGUAUGCUUUCUGGCGCAUUCGCGCCCCAUUACCGCUUUGCUGCCCACGAUAGUUCCCUUGAUUCUCAACGGAACGGACAGACCUCAGAGCGACUUUCUGUUGUAAAUUAGUUUAUGUCCGUAUUUAGUACGUUACUUCUAUUAAUGUUGAGUUGUUUCGAAAAUAGUUUUAGGCGCAACCCAAUUCGACUGACUGACUGACGAAAAAGAAAAGA